AUGCACAGCAAGGCCAUCUUUGUGGCCGUGUGCGUGGCCUUCUUGAUCGCUUCUCAAAGCGUCGAGUCGGCUGGACUGCUCUCCUCUCAUCAAGUCUAUCGACGUCGAUCGGAAGGCAGUCAGCGUUCCAGAUUCGACCGUCGACACAUGGCUUCUCAGGACGCUUAUGCUUUUGGUGGUGGAAGCGGUUCUGGAUCCGGCGGUGGCUACGGCGGAGGGCCUGGCGGUGGUGGUGGUGGUGGAGGCGGCGGCGGUGGAGGCGGAGGCGGAGGCGGAGGCUUCAUCGCUAGCGAUGGCAGCGCCAAGAGCGUAGGCUUUGGUAACGGAUCCGGUGGAGGAGAGGCCAGCGGUUCCAAGACUGCCAAGGCUGGCGGCUCUAGCGCUUCCUCUAGCUUCUCCGCCACCGGCUUUACCAAGCACGAAAAGACCACCACCUCGACGAAGCACGGCGCAGGCGCAGGCGCAGGCGCAGGCGACGGCUCCAGCAACAGUGCCAGCAACGGAGCCAGUAACACCGGCUCUACCCAGCAGCACUCUAGCGGCAACGGCAACGGCAACGGCAACACGUCUCACGGCGUCAGCAAGGGUCAAGAGCAGCAGCACAGCGUUCCCGCCGUCGUGCCAGCCGUCGCGCCAGCUCACGACACGUCCAUCAAGGAGGACAAGGAGCAAGAGAAAAAGGAGAGCAAAAAGAAGCACGACAAGGAGGACAAGUGCGAGGAGGAAAAGAAAAAGGAGGCGGAGGAGCAGAAGCAGAAGCAGCACGCGGAGCAGCACGCGGAGCACCACGCUGAGCAGCACGCGGAGCAGCAACAGCAGCACCACUCUACCGAGCAAGGGCAAUUGCAGCACCAGGUCGAUCAGCAAAAGCAGCUCACUCAAGAGCAGCAGCACAACAUCGACAAGCAGCACCGCAUCGAGGAGCACCAGCACGAGAUGGAGCAACACCACCUCAAGCAGCAGCAGCACAAAGAAGCGCACCAGCACGAAAUGCAGGAGCACCACCACCACCACGAGCACCACGAGGCUCAAAAGACGACACAGAAGCACGUCGAGCAGCAGCAGCACCACACGGAGCAGCACGGUGCCGGCGCUGCAGCCGGAGCAGGAGCUGGCGUCGCAGGCGGCGUUGCGGGCGACGCCGCCGUCGGUCACGCAAACGGUAACGGUAAUGCUGCUAGCGGCACCACCACCGCCGCCGCGAACAAGCAGGAAGAAGAGGAAGAGUGCGAAGAGGAGGAGGAAGAUGAAAAGCCACCAAAGGCACCGUCGCCGCCUAAUCCCCCACCACCUUCUACGCCGCCAUCGCCGCCACCGCCAGCGAGUACUCCACCGAGCGCUUCUCCUCCGGCCGGCGAGCAGCCUCCUCCAUCGACACCGCCGCCAGCGAGUGCUCCUCCAAGCGCUACUCCUCCGUCUUCGUCAACGCCGCCGCCAUCGACGCCGCCUCCGGCCAGCGAGCAGCCUCCUGCAACUCCUACCGAGUCGCCUCCGCAGCCCAAGAGUCAGCAACCGCCUGGAACGCCUGGUGGAGACAGCUCUCUUCCACCAACCGUUCCGCCGGCGGAUCAGCAGCCGCAGCAGCCGCAGCAACCUCAGACGCCCGAAACUCCCAAGCCGACGGUGACGCAAGAAGAGAAGCCACCCGAACAGCAAUCGAAUGCUGGUGGAAAUAGCAGCACUGAUAAACAGAGUGCGGAGCAGCAGCACGAGGAGCAACACGAGGAGCACACGGGCGGAGAUCUUGGCAGUCAGACGGACAGCAAGCCACCUCAGCCGACGCCCGAGACGGCGCCACCCUCGACCACGCCACCGACCACGCCGCCGAACACGCCACCGACCACGCCUCCUCAACCUUCCUCCGUGACGACUGGCGAAAAGGGCUCGGAGGAGCACCACGAGGAGCAAAAAGGGAGCACCGCCACCGUGCCGCCUCAGACCAACAGCCCGACGGACACUGCGCCAUCUGGACAGCCUGUCAGCGCCGGCGGCAGCAGCAGCAGCGCCGGCGCCAAGGCUUCUGAGCACCACGAAGAGGAGCACCACGAGCAAGAACACCACGAGCAGGAGCACCACGAACACUCUGCUAGCACCGAGGGCAAGCCGUGCAACAAGGAAAAGGACGAGAAUGGCAAGUGCGAGUGCGACAAGUUCCAGAUCACCAUCGACUACUCCAAGAGCACAAACGUGUCCGAUGCGGCCAGAGAGGAAUGGCACAAGGUUUGCGGUCAAGUGUCUGGCAAAUACCGUCUCACUGGCGACGACUUUGAAGACAUUGGUUCGAACAAGGCGAAAGUCACUUGCAUCACCAGCUCCACGGAUGAUGCGACCAAGAAAGUUUCUCAGCACGACUUUGCUCUGCACGUCGUCCAGAAGCUCAAGUGGGAGGUCGUUUCGAGCUCAAGCCAGAGUUCUCAGACUGGCAGCGGUGGCGGUGGCGAAGAGGCCAGCAAGGAGGCCAGCAAGGAGGCCAGCAAGGAGGCCAGCAAGUCGUCUAGCGCUGCUCCUGCUCCUGCUCCCCCUCCUCCCGCCGCAAACCCCGCCUCGGACUCUGCACCUAACCCCAAGCCUGAUGCAGCGAAUCCCGAUGUUGGCACUGGCGGUGGCUCAUCGACGGCUACGCUUCAAGGACAAGCAGGUGCAGAGGGGACGAAAAAGGAAGACAAUUCAGCAGAGCAAUCGCAGCAGCAGCAGCAGCAGCAGCAGCAGCAGCAGCAGCAGGCGAAAGAGUCUUACGAGGCGCACAAAGAGGAACAACACGAGGAGCACAAGGAAGAACACAAGGAUGCUCAUUCCGACGACUCGCACAAGGAAGAACACAAGGAUGCUCAUUCCGACGACUCGCACAAGGAAGAACACAAGGAUGCUCAUUCCGACGACUCGCACAAGGAUGCUCAUGCCGACGACUCGAAGCAAUCUGAAGCAGCGAGAGGCAAAGCGGCUUCAGGCGGUGAAAAGCCGUUCGCGGAAACGUCUACCAAGACGGGGCAAUCGUCGCAAGCCGAUGCCAAGAGCCACCCUAGCGAUGCGAAAGCGCACGGCGGUCAAUCUGCCUCUGCAGAAUCUGCCUCGGCUACCGAAGGACAAGCCGCAGCGGGCUUCCACUGA